GGCUGCGCCUGCGCACUGCUCUCUGCGGUCACACGUGUGGUGUGGAAGAUGGCUGAGAUCGCGCGGCAUGAGGUGGACAGCGAGCAGGUUAAGAAGGCAGCUAAGGCCCUACUCGCUUACCAAAAAACCAAGGGGCGCUCCAAUGCUUUACUCUUAAAUGAACAUGACCGGAUAUCCAUCCUGCUUACUGUAUGGAAGAUUCCAAACCAAACAAGAGCAUAUAAAAUUCCUCUUCCUCAUGGGAUUCGACCAGAUACACAUGACGUUUGCCUCUUCACAAAAGAUGAACCAAAUAUGUCUGUUGAACAGACGGAAAAGCUUUACAAAAAAUUGCUCAGUCAGCAUGGAAUUACACAGAUAACUGAGAUCAUCCCCCUGAAAAAAAUGAGAAAAGAAUACAAACAAUUUGAAGCAAAGCUCCGCUUGCUGGGCAGUUAUGACCUAUUUCUUGCUGAUGCCAGGAUCCGCCGACUCCUUCCAGCCCUUAUCGGAAAACACUUCUACAAAGAGAAGAGAGAGCCGCAGUCUGUCAACCUAAAGAGCAAGAAUCUCUCCCGUGAAUUGAACCGCCUCAUCCAAGGAACACAGCUUCACGUUACCAACAAAGGAUGCUGCUAUGCAAUACGUGUGGGUCACACAGGUAUGAAGGUGGAAGACAUCGUUGAAAACGUACUUGCAGUUGCUAAAGUCGUAGCUGAGAAGUUGCCAAUGAAAUGGAAGAAUGUCAAAGUUCUUCACCUGAAAACCCAGUCGUCCAUGGCUCUGCCUAUCUACAACUCCUCCUUUGACAGUCUAAAAGAUUUACGUUUGGUGAAGGUUGAAGAAGUUAAAACGAAGAAAAAAAGCAAAAAGUCAGCUAAAGAGCACAAACCAGUAACCCCAGGCUCUAAGAAAACUGGGGAUGAGCUAGCAAAUGGGAAGAACGAUACAGCCACUCCUCACAAAGAGCCGAAUGAAGCAGAUGAUGCGGAGGAAGAAAUACCUCAACUGGUUCCUAUUCAGAAGCCCAUCAGUGCAACAAAGAGCAAGAUAAAGAAAACUGAUUCUCUAGAAGAAUCCAAAGUGGAAGAAAAAAGCAAAGCGUCUGAGGAGAAUGUGAAAGCGUCAUCUACUAAAAGCUCUACACUUAAGAAGCGCAAGAUAAAUGAAAGUGAAGACUUUAAGACCCCAAGCAAGCACAAAAAAGAAAUGCCAUCUGAAGAAAAGAGAGAGAAUCCGGAAGAGCAGGAAACGCCAGCAAAUCGCAGCAUUCUUAAAAGGACCCCACGUACACAGAAAAAAGGGCUGUCGUCUGAUGAAAAGAGCAAGGAACCUGAAGAGCAGGAGACUCUAGCCAAGGGCAGGGUUCUUAGAAAGACCCCAAGAAAACGCAACGAAGUGCUGCCGUCCGAGGAAGAGAGUAAGGAGCCUGAAGAGCGGAAGACUCCAGCAAAGCCCAGUGUUGUUAAAAAGACCCCAAGCAAACACAAAAAGGAGCUGGUGUCCGAGGAAGAGAGCAAGGAGCCUGAAGAGCAGGAGACUCUAGCCAAGGGCAGGGUUCUUAGAAAGACCCCAAGCAAACGCAACGUAAUGCUGCCAUCUGAGGAAAAGAGCAGGGAACCUGAAGAGCAGGACAUUCCAAAGCGCAGUGUUCUUAAAAAGACCCCAAGCAAACACAAAAAGGAGCUGCUUUCCGAGGAAGAGAGCAAGGAGCCUGAAGAGCAGGGGACUCCACCCAAGCGCAGCAUUAUUACAAAGACUCCUAAAAAAACACCCAGAAAAUCUGCAGUGAAACUCACAAAAUCAGCCAGAAAAGCCCCUCAGACCCCAAAACUGAAGCAGAAAAAGAAAAUGAAGACCCCACAGUCUGUAUAAUGCUAGAGAUAUGUAAUGGUCAGGUUUAUCCUAAUUAAAUAUUUCCAUAUCUUUCUUAAUAAGCAUUCCUUUUACAAGUUUAUAGAUUUUGUCUAUACUGUUUUAUCCAUAAAAAUGAAUUAUAAGA